AUGUCACAAGUCAUCAAGAAUGUCGUCGUUGCUGGUGCUACUGGCACCCUCGGAACCUGGAUCGUUAAAGCCCUACUUGAGACGAGGUCUUUCAAUGUGACGAUCCUCACGCGAAAGAUCUCAGCUCAGCCCCCGCUGGCAGGCGUGUCUGUGAAACAAGUCGACUACAGCUCUAUCGAGUCCCUCAUUGAUGCUGUCCGUGGCCAAGACGCUGUUAUCGACUCAACCUUCAGUGAGACGGACGCGGAAGGGCCUUGCAACCUCAUCGAAGCCUGUAUCGCUGCAGGUGUCUACCGUUAUAUCCCCCCCGAGUUCGGCUCCGACCCGCUCAAUCCAGAUGUGCAAGCUCUCCCAUUCUUCCGACGCAAGGCUACGGCCUUCAAAUACCUUUUGGAGAAAGUCAAGGGCACCAAUCUCACCUGGACAGCAGUCGCAAGUGGGCCAUUCUUUGACCCUCCUCUGAAAGAUGGCUCACUAGGAAUUGACGUGCGCAAGAAGAAGGCGACGAUAUUCGGGGACGGUCAACGUGUCUCACCUUGGUCUACCCUGGAGGCGGUCGGCAAGGCCACUGCGCAGGUUCUCCUCAAACCAGCAGAGACGACAAACAGGGUCGCAUACAUCUCUAACGCCAACCUCUCUCAGGUAGGCAUUUUGAAGCUGGCGAAAGAGGAGCGUGGGGAGGAAGGGUGGCAGACCGAGGUGGAAGACAUCCAACAAUCCUACGAUGAAGCCAAAAAUAAGCUACAACAAGGCCAAAUGGAUGCGUCGGUCAUCUUUGCGAUGCUGAAAUACUCCUUGACCUCGGAGGUGUAUACAUACGCCUGGGAGAAGGAUGAUAACGCUUUGCUUGAAGUGCAGCAGUUUACAGACGACGAUGUCAAAUUGAUCGUCCGCCAGAUUGCCAACAGCGAUAACUAG